AUGUUCGAGAGGAUCCGCUGCAACGCGCCGGCUGAGCGCCCCGCGGAAAGCCCGAGCUCCAGCCCUGGCGACCUCGACGUCACUCCUCUAUCCACAACAUCGGCAACAUCAAGCCCUGAGCCACCAUUUGAAGACUUACUCGAGGACUCCGAAUUCGACAGAAUCAGUGACAGGGAGGAACUUGAAGAAGACUACCUGUGUUUCAACGGCGAUCCCUUGGCUAUUCGGAGACGCGCAAUGGCUGCAGACUUCAGUGAAGGCCGCCUGGAGACGUUCGUAGGCAGCCCACAGAAGGAGCUGGCAGGCACACAGAACCAAUAUGUGUCUUACCAAGUCACUACAAAGUCCGACUUCCAGUCGUUCCAAAAGCCCGAAUUCUCCGUCCGCCGCCGCUUCACAGACUUCGUCUUCCUCUGGAAACAGCUAUCAAAAGAGUACCCGCAAUGCGCCGUCCCGCCGCUGCCCGACAAGCACAAGAUGGAGUAUGUGCGUGGGGACCGGUUUGGGCCGGACUUUACCCAACGGCGCGCACACUCGUUGCAUCGUUUCCUGAAGCGAAUGGCCCUACAUCCUGUAUUGCGGAGGGCCAUGCUCGUCAUCAACUUCUUAGAGAGCCCAGAUUGGAAUCAGCACAUGAAGGGCAGAUCAUCAAGAGCAGCAAGCGGGUCCGAGCAGGGCAGUAGUGGCUUUGUCGAUGCUAUCGCAGACACCUUUGUCAAUACCUUUACCAAGAUACACAAGCCAGAUAAGCGCUUCAUCGAAGUCAGCGACAAGGCUAGCAAGCUUAGCGAGGAUUUGAACAACGUUGAGAAGGUCACUGUCAAAGUCGCCAGGCGGCAAGGCGAUCUGGAGACGGACUAUGCCGAGCUAGCAACCCAGUGCCAGAAGCUAACAACUAUGGAAUAUGCUGUCGAAGGUACUCUUACCUCCUUCGCCGCUUCGGUCACCACCACAUCACAAGGCUUCAAGUCCAUUCGCGACCAUACGGAUCAGAACUACCUAACCAGUUUGCGGGACAUGGACGCCUAUAUCCAAGCCCUCAAGAACCUCCUCCGCACAAGAGAAGCCAAGCAACUCGACUUUGAGGGGCUAAGCGAAUACCUAGCCAAAUCUGCCGCAGACCGUGAUUCCCUGGCUAGCCAGCACGGCUCCGGCAUCGGCGCAUCGAACUUCCUACGCUCCAAAGUCGAAGAUUUCAGGGGCAUAGACCACGAGCAAGCGCGCCGCCAGCGAGUCCGGAAACUUGAAGUCGAAAUUGAACGUCUAACGAGUGAAGUGGAGCAGUCAAAGAAAGCAAGUGAGGCCUUCGAUGAGCACACAGUGAAGGAAGUUGUCGACUUUGAGCGCAUCAAGGCUAUCGAGUUUAAAGAUACGUUGGGUGAUCUAGCGGACGCGCACGUCGACUUCUUCCAAGGCACAAUCGAGACGUGGGAGAAGUUCUUAGAGGAUAUGCGGAAAGAGGAGGAUGCGAGGAAAGCCGCUGCGACAUCGUAG